ACCAGGGCCGCGGGCGAAAAAGAUCACCUUGUUUGAAAAGGAGCCAGGUGGGGAGGGACCCUCUCCUCCAAAUAUUACAAAGAAAAUUCUACAUCAAUCGCUACCCCUUCCCAUAUAAGAUAAGCACAGGCAACCAAAAAAAGCUUCAGUCUUCCCUUAAUAUCCUAGAGAGAUGGGAAGGACCCUGUUAUCCUCGCCGGUCUCCAUGUUCCGAUGGCCGGAGUUUCACCUAUCCAACCUCACCAGAAGCAUGUCAUGGUCCAUCUUCCAUUGGCCAGAGUUCGACUUCUCUUUCCUCACAUCAAGCUGGCCGGAUAUCAACUUCUCGCCCAUCUCGAUGGUGGACAGCAUCCUCUGGACCUUCGUGACCGCCUUCGAGUCUGUUGCCUUGGUUGCCAUGCUGUGCUUCUUCUUUGUCUGCUGCGGUUGCACCAUAUGAGGCUAUUGCUUGGGGUGCAAUUAAUUACUCGGUGAGUUGUAGCCCACCGUCUCAAAUUCCGGGGGUCAAAUAAUGGAUUUUUCUUGCUUUUCCCUUCUCUUUUUCUUUUUCGUUUUUUUGGAAGGCACCAUGGGAGCACUGGCCUUCUCUUUUUCUUUUUCGUUUUCGUUUUUUGGAAGGCACCAUGGGAGCACUGGCCUUGUGUUCUCCGGUGGUCUUGCCGUCUCCGGUGGUCUUGCCGCGGGAUGAUGGCCAGCUGGUGGUGGUGACGAGUGGUUAGGAAGGUUAGGUGCCACACCGAGGCAUGUGGCAUGUGUCGUGAGAAACAUGUUUAGUUUUGUUAACCUCCUCCAUUUUAUUGUUUUGUAAGCUGUAACUUUCUGUCACCUGUCGGCCAUUGCUAUGAUCUUUAUCAGUGGACCUACUCUUUAUUGACCUAUCAA